UAGAUAGUAGCAUCUGCUCAAUGAAUGCUUUAUUAAAACAGUUGUAGAAAACAUUGACUCAAGCCUGGAUGCAUGGGGGUUUGCAUUGUACUGCAACUUAACAAAGCUUCUGACGUCAAUAACCACGUGUUUCGGGUUCAACUAGGCGGUAAACUGCCCAGAGAUUUCGUCGUAACUUCCGAGCUUGAUCCCUUGAAGUGUAAAAGGUACUUCGAAGUGUAAAAUGGUUUCAAAUAUAUCCUUUGAGUAAUCCUGACUGUCAGUUUAUGAUUACUGAAGGAUAAGAGGGGUCGGUAAAUCCCACGCACGCGCAGUAGAUUUCAGAAUAUCUUGCAAAAUUCACUUCCCAGCUGUGUGCUGCGACUAGCAGGAGGCGUGCCUUAAAAUGUGCAUGUCUCCCGGUACAUAAACCGGGUAGCCAACCAGCCCUCAUCAUUCGUUUCUGAGAAGCAACGACAACUGACAAUGCCUGAACCAGCAAAGCCCGCGCCCAAGAAGGGCUCCAAGAAAGCCGUUUCUAAGACCGCCGUAAAGGGCGGGAAGAAGCGCAGAAAGUCUAGGAAGGAGAGCUACGCCAUCUACGUGUACAAGGUACUGAAACAGGUCCACCCCGACACCGGCAUCUCAUCCAAGGCUAUGGGAAUCAUGAAUUCCUUCGUCAACGAUAUUUUCGAGCGUAUCGCCGGAGAGUCGUCUCGCCUGGCUCACUACAACAAGCGAUCAACCAUCACCUCCAGGGAGAUCCAGACCGCCGUCCGCCUGCUACUCCCCGGUGAGCUGGCCAAGCACGCCGUGUCCGAGGGAACCAAGGCCGUGACUAAGUACACCAGCUCCAAGUAAACUGCCUCUUUCAAAUUCACCCCAAAGGCUCUUUUAAGAGCCACCCACUGGUCUCUAAAAUUGAGGAAAGUCCAUCACAUUUGCUUGAUUGUCUUCCUGUAUUAUAUACUAACCUUCGUGAACAAGGAGAGGUUAUUCUACUCUUCUAUACAGACGAAAGUUUAUAUUCUUCCCUAACAUCACCUCAUUAAACGCCAUUGAAUUGCUCGGAUGAUAUUAUUCGUUUCUCCCUGUAUGAUGCAUGAUGGUGGACCACGCCUAAAUAGGAACCGAUUGCGGUGCAACAUCUCGAUAGCAAUGUAUGAUGAACACAAAUCGGCUACUAUCAGUGCAAUACUAACAUAUCAAUCCCUAAACAGCGGCUUCCAAUGGAGAGCUUUACAAAAUUGCAUAGGUCACUGAUCAUAACGAGAUUACCGCAAAUAAGUGCCAAUGGGAAGAACCAUAAGAGCAUGUAGUUGCACAAGUUAAACAACAUGAACCUCAAAAAGUGCAAGAGUGUACCAACAACGGAUGUAGCCCAGGUUACAACAAGCCUAAGUGAAUUAGAUAUACAUUAUCGAUACAUUUGCUUAUCAUAUAUCAUUCUUUCAAUAUUCAAUAAGUGCAUACAUUGGCUGUUAUUUUCAUUAGUAACCAUGAGCCGUUGGCACCACUGUUGCAGCUCUGUAGUUUAUCUCGUGGCUGCAAUGUUAUCGGGCGAGCGACUUCAGCGUCCUGUUGAAAGGCGAAAAUUGAGAGAGAAGGAAAUAUCUAUAAACAAGUAGGACUACAAUGAAGUUUAGGAUUUGAGUUGAAUGGAACUGAGUUAACACUGUGGAAACACAGUGAAAGGAGAGGCGAAGCCUAAAACAGAGUAGAUGAAAGCAGAGAACAAUAUUGUACAGUAGAGUAUGGUAGCGUCCUCAACAAGUACGCAUCUAAGAUGCGAACUUUUUUUUUCAGCACAAAGAAUCAAUAACCAUAAAUAAUAUUGAUCAUGCAACCAAAUACAGAUUGAAACUAAAGGAACAUGCCUGGCUUGGAAAUUUAAGAAGUAGAAAGUAUAGAUAUUUGUGUAAAAAAAUUAAGGAUAAAUAAUGACCUAAAGUACUGAUGCAAGAAAAAUCUAUAACACACUGUCACGUUCAGCUACUGAUUGCACUAUUUGCAAUAUUGCACUAAUUGUACCCCACUUGUCUUUAGGUUACUAUAGGUUUCAUAAGGUCAGUGUAGGUUAUUAUGUGUAUUAAAGGUUUAGUAUUUUGUACCUAUAUUAUGUUGUAUUUUUGUGAGGUUUAUUAUAUGUUUAGCUUAUUAUCGAUGCAAUCUAUGUUCUGAGUAAUUAUAUGUCAUGUUAUGCCAGGUUGCUUUGCGUUGUCUUGUCCUAAGAAUUUCAGGGCCCUGUGUGACCUUGUUGUUCUGUACAUCUGUAAAUAAAAGACUUGAACUGGAACUA